UGCAAUCGUAAACAGGAACCUUUAAUAUGACUCCGCACUGGCUUUCCGCUGGUGACGAGCCUAGCAAGGGGAGAGGAGCGACGGAAGAAGGCACAGCACGUUUGUUUAAGUAAAGUCAAGUUUAAGGCCGAUACGUAAGUGACAACUUGGACGAAAGGAAGCGAGCAGAUAGCACCAGCAACGUGGAACCAUCUAUUCUCUCCCCUGGCUCCCUGUGUGGAAAGACAUCACCCGGUCUGUCCCAUCAUCUACUAAAAAGUCACCCAGUGCCUCUUGAGUCCUUGCAAUCAUCUUCAUCAGUGCAAAAACCAAAUCAACACCAGCAAGUAAGGAUAUAUUGUUUUUAAGCUACACCAAAGUUUGGUGCCCAUCAGCAUUAUCCCAUCAAGUCGUUGGACAGAAAAGCCACACACACUACCUGACACCACCAUGGCCUCCAUCACUAAGUCGUCUGAGCCGGAGAUUGCUGACAACCACAGAGACAGCUGGCUUGCACUACUUUCUGCUGCGGAAGCUUACUGCCAAAAGUCGGGCUGCGACCUGGCCAUCCUCACAGCGUGUAAGAAGUUCAGGCCGUCGGUUCCGGAAGGGGACGGGAAGAAGUGGGAGAGUGGCGGCGGCGGCUUUCCGGGUGAGUCCGACUACUCGUACAACAUUUGGGGUCAGAGCUUCCUGGCGGAGUCGGCGCGCCGCUACAUCGACGACAUCGGCGUGCUGCACUCCACUACGUUGCUCACGGCGCAGAAGCACACGCGCCAGGCUGGGAGGACCAAGCUGGCGGUGGACCUGACCUCUGACCCCGGACACAGGGGGAACCUGACGGGCGAUGGCGUGGUUGGUGGAGUCAGCCCCAGCAGCAGGCUGUACUCUCAGAGCUACCCGUCCAUCUACAGCUCGGCCGCCGCCGCUCCCGGCCAGGGCGGCAAUGGCGAGCGGGAGCGGGAGAAGAGCGCCAUGGAGGCGGCGAGGCAGGGAAGACAGCGGGCUGGCAUCGUGGACCUGGAGGAAGAGUGUGAGGAUGACGAAGAGGAGGAGGACGAGGAGGACAUGGAUGAGAAGAGACCCUACGGGAAUGAAAGUGCAGGUGUUUUCUCCAUGGACGAGGACUCGCUGUCUCGUGACUGCGAGCCCUUCUUCGAGUCAGACGGCGAGGAGGAGAGCACCGACGGUUCGUUGAGCGAGGAAGCCCCGCCCCCCUCCCGCAGCAUGGCCAUGGGUCACGGCGUGCACUCGUCCCGGCACGCCCACGCGAUGGCGAUGGCCCGCUCGCUGCCCGUCUCUGUGCCCGUGUGGGGCUGCAAGGGAGGCCGAGCGGCGCCAGGAGACAGCAACAGUGGAGAGCGGGUGGGCUGUGCUGACCUGGAGCACAUCGCCGCCAGCAUGAAGGCUCUUCUGGCCCCCGGCGCCACCGACGGGACGGAAAUGUUCGGGGCGCUGCCGCGACCCCGCGUCAACACGGGCGACUUCUCUCUGAAGCAUUGAGGCCGACGGAGGAAAGGAGCGACAAGCAGAAAGGGAUCGAGAGAGAGAGAGAAGACGUCUGCAGACGUGACGUACGCCACAAAGCUCCCACCUCCAUCCAUCUCUCGCUAGUAAACGUCACACGCUUCAAGGAGUAACACAACACUAAAAACAUUCGCAAACACGACCCACACACAUUUCACCGCACGCUGACAUCAGGACGCACCACCAACCUGCUAAACGGGACGCUGAGAGGCGGGACAUCCUGUUUUUUUCAGGCUAACUGGACGUGUACGUCCUCCAGUGAUCCUUUAUGUUCUCCAUGCUCAUGCUCUAGCACACACCUCCACUUAUUAUCCUAAAACUCAUUUCCACUUACUCUUUUGUAAUCCCUUUUCUAAAAAUGGAUACAUUCUUUGUUCAUUGGCCCAUAAUAAUUGGAAAAGAAAUACUUGCUUACACAUGAAAGACUCAAAUGGGACCAGCGUCUCUGCUGAGACACGUUCCUUAGCUUCGUGUAGAGCAGGGGUGUCCCAAGUGUGGCUCGGGGGCCAUUUGUUUGCCACAGCUUGUUUUCUGGCCCGCCACACAUUCUACAAAUACAAUUAAACGACAAAACAAGAGCAAAAAAAAAUGGAAAAUUGUGCGAAAAAAAACUAAUUGUACCAAGAAAAAGUUUAAAAAUGUUGCCAUUAAUAACAAAAUGACUGUACAAAUUACAAUAAAAAUUGUUUCAUUUUGACUUCUUGAAAAUUGUCUAAAAUUACAAUACAAAUUACAAGUAUUUAAAUUUCCUGUUGCAUUUAAAAUGAAAACGAAAUGUCUUGUCCUUUUCAUUUGAAAUGUAAUAUCGGCCGUACGUGUGCUGCAGCUAAUUUUUGAUUGGCCUGCGGUACAUUCUGAAAAUAGAAUUAAACGACAAAACGGGAGCAAAAAAAUGGAAAUCAAGUGAAAAAUCCCAAAUAUAACAAGAAGUUGCUUGAAAAAUGUUGACACUAAUAAAUUUUUUUUGUAUUAAAAUUAAAAUUACAAUAAUGUUAAUUAAAAAAUAAAAAUCAUUGUUUUUUUAAACAAAUGACGCCUUUUGGUAUGCUGCAGCUUAUUUUUUGAUGGCCUGUGGCAGUUAAAUGACAAAACCAGCAAAAAAUGUAGAAUUGAGUGAAAAAGCUUAACAGUAACAAGAAAAAGUCGAAAAACCUUGAGACUAAUAAAAACAGUACAAAUUAUUUCCAUUUUAAAAUUAUUAUUUUUUUUAUUUAAAAAUUAAAAGGAUUGUAAUUUUAAUUUGAAAUGUAAUAAUAGCUAUUUGUGUGCUGAAGCUAUUUUUUUUUAUUGGCUCAUUCCAAAAAUAUGAAUAAACAAGACAACUAAAAAAAAAAAAAAAGCAACAGCAAAUUAUGAAGAACAGAAAAAAGGCGUAAUGUAACAAGAAAAAGCCUAAAUGUGAAAACUAAUAACACGAAAAAUAAUAAUGCUAAUAAUGUGCAUUGUCACCUAUAAACACAAGGCUGACUUUCAGGGUGUUUUUUCUUGAAAUAUAUAUAACAGAUUAGCAUUGGUUGGUCUCAACGCCUUUAAAAAAUGCGUAUCAUCAAAUCCUGAUAUUUCAGUAUGCGGCUCUCGGUGGGGAAAGUUUGGACACCCCUGGCCUUGAGUUGAACCCAAAACGUCUGUCAGUGUCUGUAGUCUACAUAAAGCAUCGUUUAAACUGCAAUUUUUGCCUUCAGAAGCUGGAAAUGACAUUGUUAGCGGGUGCGAAAGUGUUAGCAUGGAGCACAUGGACAGUAUUCGCCCGCCCCCCACGUCCAUCAAUGCCACACAGCAGUUUCCUCCUUGAAGGGUUGAAAAUGAAGAGAAAUGUGAAGCUUGUGUUUAAAAUGUGAGUACACCAGCACACACUCGUACUUGCCUCUUUGUACUUUGACUAUUUUGCCAAUGAAUGAAUGACUGACUGACUGAUGGAAUGAUUGUACUCCCAAACUGAGCUUGUCGGAGAUGGUUAGAUGUUUCUUUUUUUGUUUGUUCCUGCUCCGAAUACCUUGAAGUGAAGGAGAGAGAAGGGUUGGACUGAGUAAAGAUGUCGACGUGACAUUUCAUCAACAAAUAGCUGUUGUAUUCAGUACGUUUGUGUUGCAAAUAAAAGGAGCAAACCAAGAGAAGACGUGCUGAUGUGAAUG